UGUAUGGACUAUUGGACUCUCUCCGUCCAGAGCUAAAAUAAGCGGAGGAAAGAAACGGAAAAAAUGGCAAUGGAGGUGGGGUUCUUGGGGCUGGGAAUAAUGGGGAAGGCCAUGACCAUCAAUCUGUUGCACCACGGCUUUAAGGUCACUGUUUGGAACAGGACCCUCUCUAAGUGUGAUGAGCUGGUGAAACUUGGUGCUUCAAUUGGAGAAACCCCAGCAGCUGUAGCCAAGAAGUGCAAGAUUAUCAUUGCAAUGUUAUCCGAUCCUUCAGCUGCUCUUUCGGUGGUUUUCGAUAAAGAUGGUGUUCUCGAGCAAAUUGUCCAUGGAAAAGGUUACAUUGACAUGUCAACAGUUGAUGCUGAUACUUCUUUAAAGAUCAGUGAGGCAAUUACAUCAAAGGGUGGUCACUUCCUGGAAGCUCCGGUUUCAGGUAGCAAAAAGCCUGCCGAAGAUGGUCAACUGGUAAUCCUUGCUGCUGGGGAGAAGGCAUUGUAUGAAGAAGCGAUCCCAGCUUUUAAUGUCCUGGGGAAGAAAUCUUUCUUCUUAGGGCAGGUUGGAAAUGGGGCGAAGAUGAAACUUGUUGUCAACAUGAUAAUGGGCAGUAUGAUGAAUGCGUUUUCAGAGGGACUUGUACUGGCUGGCGAAAGUGGACUUGACCCUUAUACUCUUCUUGAUGUAUUGGAUCUGGGUGGAAUUGCUAAUCCAAUGUUUAAGUUGAAGGGACCCACUAUGAUCCAGAACAGUUACUCCCCUGCUUUUCCACUGAAACAUCAGCAGAAGGACAUGAGGUUGGCUCUUGCCCUUGCCGAUGAAAAUGCUGUAUCAAUGCCAGUAGCAGCUGCAGCCAAUGAGGCUUUCAAGAAGGCCAGAAGCAUGGAGCUAGGGGACCUUGAUUUUUCGGCCGUUUAUGAGACUGUGAAGGUUCUUCAACAUCCAUCCUAAUACAAAAAUAGAUUUUUAACUGCUUGGGCUCUCAAUGGUGAACACAGGGUGCAUAUUGGUAAUUACAGCUUAAAUGAAAAAGUGGCAUUUGUAGUCAUGGGUAUUACAGCCGUUGUUGUCAAGGUUUUAUUGUGCAAAAUUUCACAAGAGUCUAACGUUUGUUUCCUUGAGUGUGGUUUGUACAACCUAUUAUUACCUUAGGAACACUUUCUAAAUGUUGCACUGGCCACUGGGUUUUUGGUCCUGGUCUUCUUUUCGACUCUCAUGGGUGUGGUGAGACCUGACCAAACCAUUCCCAACCCAUCAACUGCCGCAGAGAGAGAGAGAGAGGGAGAGGGAGAUUAUUUAUAAUAUAGGGCAUAGUAUUGCAAUCAGUAAGAAGAUUGCAUAAUGUUGCGACAGGUGGCGUUAUUUCAUAUUGCCAAGUGUCUCUUUUAAGUCA